AUGAACGCUCAGGCCACGGGUCUGGUCCCGUUAGAAGACAAUGACAGCGCGCGAGUAUCGACUCCGGGAAGAAAGCGGGAAGCUGACGGGUCGCCACACGUGUCGCCCCCGACAUACUGUCCGGAGACGCAGUCACCGUUGAAGAGACCGGCGCUGACAUCGGCGGCAGACCUGCCCUUGGUGCUUACGUCUCCCCUGGCUAGAACCGGCACCGACGGCCGUGAGUCCAACGCCGAAACCUUAGAGCGAUACACCUCCCUAGUCCAAGCGGAAGUAAAACGAACGGCGUCCCUACUGUUUUUCCAACAAGCGAAUGAGGACCGGGCUCGUUUACUGGGUGUUCAGGAAACCCAGUUAGUAGAGGUGGUCGAAGGAUUGAGGAUUGCGCGGGCCUCGGAAACCCAUGAAAGUCGCCGUCAGGAUGAGUUCCAGAAGGCCCUGACCUACCUCCAGGACUGCUAUACUCAGGAGCUGGACGUUGCCCGGGCUCAGAAGGAUGCGGAACGGGUUCUCGAAGUGCGCCGCCGGAAGGACCAUCUGCGUCACGACGGACUCAUGUCCAGUCUCCGGGAAGAACUCCGGACCCUCAAGCGGAACCACCAAGAGGAAAUCCUUCUAGUACGGGAAGCUGCCCGUGAUGAGGACAACUCGAAGGGGGUUGCCUAUGACCUACUUCAGUCCCAGUCCAGUCGAAGGCUUCGGAACUCGAGUCAGUACAGGAGGCCCUCCCAGCUGCCCUCCGGGACCUCUCUUUCCGGAAGUCUGCGAAAGCCCUGUGGAAAUUGCCCGAUCCUGGAAAAGGAAAAACAAGACCUCCGCGAAGCCCUGCGGGAACGGGAACGGAGUCUGAAGGAGGAAGUACAGCGACGCCAAGGGAUGGAACAAGUCUGGGAAGAAGAGCAUCGACGUCUCCUGGAGAGCGAAGAGAUGGCCCGGGAACUCCAGGAGUCUAUCCUGACCGAGCAGAAUCGGUGA